GCGACGCGUCGCUGUCUGCCGCUGCAGAGAUCAGAUGGGAAGAACAUUUGAACAAAAUGCGGCUCAAACUUCGGGGCCUGGAUAACCCGGCCGGACUGUCUGCCCUCUGCCCGGCCACACACGGUCCUCCCGGGGGCUGCACUCUCUACUGAAACGAUGCAGUCUCUGCCCAUGGAGGUGGGAAGCAGCAGCAGCAGCAGCAGCAGCAGCAGCAGCAGCAGCUCGGCGGGUUCCGUGGUCCAGGUGUGCUUCCCCAGCGCUCAGGCCUCGGUGCUGGACAGCCUGAACCGGCAGAGGGAGGAGGGCAGGCUCUGUGACCUCUCCAUCCAUGUCCAGGGACAAGUGUUCAAGGCCCACCGCUGCGUCCUGGCUGCAUCCUCACCUUACUUCCAUGACCAGGUACUACUAAAGAACAUGUCCACGGUGUCCAUCCCGGCGGUGAUGGACCCGCUGGCCUUUGAGAGCGUGCUGAGCUGCGCCUACACCGGGCAGCUCCGGAUGCUGCGCGACGACAUCGUCAACUACCUCACGGUGGGCAGCGUCCUGCAGAUGUGGCACAUCGUGGACAAAUGCACCGAGCUGCUGAAGGAGGGCCGGGCUGCGGUGGCGGGAGGCAGCGGCGGAGGAGGAGGAGGCGUGCAGGACGGAGAGGGUGGAGGCGGAGGGUCGGCCAACCCCGGGUGCAGCAGCAGCAACGGUGACAGCGGUGCGGGGGGCGAUAAUGGGGCCGCAGGUAACAGUGGUGUCGGUCAAGUCCAGGUUGCAGAGUCCAACGAGCCCCAGCGAGCCUCCCAGCCCCCCAGCCGGCCCUCGGUGAGCGAGAGCCAGAGUCCCAGCAGCACCAACUACUUCAGCCCCAGAGACGGCAGCGGCUUCGGGGGAAGCGGAGCGGCGGCAGCUGGAGCUUCAGUGGACGGAGGCGCGGCGAGCAACACCCCCAGCUACUGCACGCCUUCAGGAGGAGAGGAAGCCUUCCUCAUCGAGGAGGAGGAGGAGGAGGAGGUGGAGGAGGAAGAGGAGGAGGUGUUGUACCACCAGAGGAAGAGAGGGAGAGGAGGCAGCGGGAGGAGGAAGAAGAUGAGCUCGGCGUCGGAGCAGGAAGUCGGGGUCAGCGACAGCUUUGGCGUCUCGUCCUAUCAGGAUGGAGAGGACUCUGCAUUGCCUCUGCAGAAGCGUCCGACCUACAGCCAGCCCAGCAUCAUGCCCCGGAAACAGUGGGUGGUGGUGAAAACCGAACGCACGGAGGACGACGACCUCAUCGUGGUGUCGGGGGAGGAGGGAGGAGAAGACGAGGAGGACGAAGACGAGAGGGAGAUGGAGCUGGCACGAGAGAGGGACCGAAGCGACUUCAACAUCUCCAACGUCAGGAGCCUUUCAGCCGAGCUGGGAGGCCGAGCUGAGAGCGACAUGGACUCACAGGUGGAUUACUGCCAGUCUUCAGAAGACUACCUCAAGUUUGAAGGCAGUUUAAUGGAGCAGACAUUAGCUCAGCACCUUCAUGACAGCGCUGCAGGCCAGAACCAGAACGCUAACCGAGCCGUGUCGGCGCUGCUGGGUCAGGUUCAGUCUGCAGCCACGGCCCGGGCCCAGCUCUUCCCCCUGGACAUGCAGGGGAACCAGAUCCUCCUCUACAGCCAGGCCUCUGGACUCUCCCUGGACGCCGCCGCGCCCCCCCUGGGGAUGGCAGGUGGUAUGAUCGGAGGAGCCUCGUUUAAAGGGCCCGGUCUGGAGCACGGUGCGGUCCACUUGUCAGUACAGGGGGGUCUGGGGGUCGAUGGUACGGACAGCGGGGGGAUGGGAGGUGGAAGUGGGUGCGGUGGCAGCAGCAGCAGCUCCGGGGGUUCAGGGAAAGUGUUCAUGUGCCACUGUGGGAAGACCUUCACCCACAAGAGCAUGAGGGACCGCCACAUUAACAUGCACCUGGACCUGAGGCCCUUCCACUGCCCCGUCUGCGCCAAGAAGUUCAAGAUGAAGCAUCACCUCACGGAGCACAUGAAGACGCACACGGGCCUGAAGCCGUACGACUGCCUCGGCUGCGGGAAGAAGUUCAUGUGGCGCGACAGCUUCAUGCGGCAUCGGUCGCACUGCGAGAGGCGCAGCGGGCUGGGAGAGGGCGGCGAGGGCGGGAGCAGCAGCGACGGAGGCCGAAGAGGAGGAGGAGGAGGAGGAGAGGAUGGACCCGAUUUGAUUUCCUCCCCUCACCUCCUCCUGUCUGCAGGCGAAGGCACACAGAGCGGCAUCCUGGGAGGAGGAACGAGGGGAGGAGCGUCUGUUCCACAUCUGUCUGCUGCUGUUCUGUCACCGCAACACGCCACCGCCUCGGCUGCAGGAAGCAGCAGCAGCAGCAGCAACAGCGUGAGUAACAGCAACAUUUCUGCAGCGGGGGCCCUUCUAGGGGUCCCUCCGAGUCCGGGCCAGGGUCCAGGUUCUGGGAUGUUCGGGGGUCUCGGGUUGGGUCGGAGUGUCUGCGAUGAAGACGUGUGUGAAGUCAGUGCCAAUGAAAGUAGCGUGACUUAAACCAAAAGUGUGCGUUCCAUCCAACGGGUGCCUCUUUCCAAACAGUCGUGCUUCUGGUUCCUGCUGCUGUUUUGAAAAUGUUGUUGGAAGUUCAGUAUUUCACUGAUAACAGCGUUUAAAACAGACGGUGUACUUUGUCCAGAAAACAGGCGAGGCUCCCGUUGGACACACAACCUGAAGGACCUGUAAUGUUUACAGAACAACGACACUUUGAGAUUCCAGUCGACUGUUGUGGCGUGAAGUUUCUGAAACAGACUUGUGGUUUUGCUGAUGCCAUCGUAAGUCGUCCGCAUUUCGCACAAAGACUUUAGGAAACUCACCUCCAAAACGUGGCCUCAUAAACAUGGACAUUUUGUCUCUGAGUAAGCUAUUGUUUUAAAUAUCUGAGACGUUAUUAGAGUUUAUUUUUUUGGUUUUGUGGGAGAGUGUUUGUGGAGAGGAAACAAAAAACGACAGUGCUUCACUAACUGUUAACUUCUGUGGCAACAUUAUAAUAUCAGUAGAGUAGAAAAAUGGCUGUUCUAAAUUGCUGUGACUUCCUGCAGUAUUGUAUUGUGACAUAUUUCUGUAAUCAGAUCAAAAACACAAAUCUGCAAAACAAAUUCGAAAUGAAGGAAACGAUUCCAUUCAUGUGGUGUUAUUUUUCUAAACAGGCACAAGGACUUUACUAGAUUUGGUGAAACUCACUCAGCUGACUUAGUCAAACUCUUCUGAAUUAAGAAAAAGCAGAGAAGUUGCAGAUUUGUGUGUUGUUUUCUUGGAUUUCCUCACAGCAGCAGUGAUGGAUCUUUUCCUGCCUCAGUGUCAGAUGUAACAAACUUAACUGUCAGCACUGCCAAGUUGUUUUCAGUGAUCCUGGUUGUGCUUUUUUUGAAGCUCGUCCUGCGUUACUGUUGAGACACAGAUAUUUAUCCUCACCACUGACCGACCUCAGUCACGUCCACGGGGACGGACGUUUGCCAGACAGGAACUCUUUGGUCUUUUGGCUGCUUAUUUAUUCGUCUCUACCAACCUGUACAGCUAAUUAGCUUGAGCCUUAUUCAGACGUGGUUUUCAAAACUUGAUGUUUGGUUGUUGUAGCAAAAGCUAGAUCUGUUAAUCCUUUUACCUUCAUGGUUCAACUCUGCAUAAUCAGCCGCCACAUUAAAACCAGCUGCCUAAUAAAGAACCUCAGAGAAGUCGCUGGCAGUGGGUGCUUUAGGUCUUGUAGUUUGCAGAGUGAAGCCUCCACAUAUCCCCCAAAUGCUGUGUUAGAUGUGGAUUUGGGGAGUUUGGAGGCUGGAGCUCUUGGUCGUGUUCUUCGAGCAGUUUUUGAGCAGGUUUUUAGUUGUGUUAGACCACAAUGUCCUGCUGAAGGAAGCUGCUGCUGCUAGUAUUGCUGUUAUUAUGAGUCAUUCCACACCAAUUCACCCAGAUUUCAGAAGUUUUCCUAUUUCAUGUCAUGUAUUUUUUGGAAAAAUAAUCAUGCAAAAGCUUCUACUUAAACCAUGGAACCUUGCAAAAUCCUCAAAAUACUUUUGGAGUUCUGACUUUUUGACAAGUGGCUCUCUGUGUUAAAUUUUAUAACUUCAGCAAUUCUUUUAAAGCAUCACCAGCUGCUUAUUUUUCACAGGAUUUGGCUGAAUUUUUUACUGAAUUUACUGCUCCGUGUGUCUGGACGACGUAACAUUUCUGCAACCGUGCAUCGUUGCACUCUUUUAUAUACCUCAUAUUAUGUAUUGUUUUGAUAAUUACAUUAAUGCUCAAGUUGAUGAACUUACAGAAUGUUAUCUCAUCCAGACACAUGGAGCAAGAUGAAUCCUCUGUUACACAAUGACCCAAACCACUACAGGCUGGAACUGGAAUUGUUUAUUUCCUGAACUAAAUAGCUCAACAGGUACCAUACAGAUGUAUAAAACCUUAUAAUCAAUAUGAUCAAAUAUUUACCUGACAAUUAAAGCCACCAAAUGUGAUUUAAAAAAGCCUCUGAAAACUACAAAAAAUGUGUCAUUUUUAAACGAGACAUUUAGAACAAAUACGAUUUGAUGAAAUGUUGGAACUUUGGUUCUAUUUUCUGACCGAACCACACAUGACAGAUGAGGCAUUCAAGGACUGUUGGAAAGUUGAAAAUCCGGCAGUUCUUUAUUUUUUUUAUGGUUUCUAAAUGGAGCCAUUUUGAUAAUUGUCUUUGAAUAUAACACACCUUUCGAACCUGCGGCAGGUUUUGGGGGUUCUGAGUGUUAACUGAGGAUUAACUCAGCUGUCAGUGAUUGGUCGGUUGGAUGUGAUGAUAGCAGAUGAUUGGCUCCCUGUAACUACACACCUGUGGAGGAGCAGCCUUAAUGUUAGUGCUCCUUCCUGAAAAAAUAUACUGUUAAAAUGUCCUAGAAAGUGGAUUUUCUGGCUCUGAAGCUAAUUUUAGGAAGGGUUCGGGUGUGGCAGUCAGUUUUUCAUGCAGCAUCAAAUGAAAUUUUGACAUGACAAAACUAAGAUGUUUCAACCUACAACUAAAAUGUGAUUGGAAUUGAGAGAAUAUUAAUGAAGCUAUGAGUUUUGGGCUAUACAGUGGUUUGGUGGUUAGCACUUUGGCAUUGCGGUUUGCGUCCCAGCCUUCCCAGGAUCUUUCUGCAUGGAGUUUCCAUGUUCUGCCUGUGCAUGUGUGGGUUUUCUCCAGGUUCUCCAUCUUCCUCCCACAGUCCAAAAACAUGCUGAGGUUAAUUGGUGAUUCUAAAUUGUCUGUAGGUGUGAAUGUGAUUGUGAUUGUUUGUCUCUGUAUGUAGCCCUGUGACAGACUGUUACCUGUCCAGGUGUCUCCUGCCUUCACCCUCAGUCAGCUGAGAUAGACUCCAGGCCUCUGCAACCCUAAUGAGCAUUAAACGUUAUAUAGAUGAUGGAUGGAUGAGUUUUUGAAAAUUAAAGAAUUUUCCUUUGGAUGAUAAAUUACAGAUUUUUAUUAUUUUAAUUUCUGUUUAAAAAAUCAUUACAAGUCCAAUUUCCAACUUUUUCUUGAGGUUUCUGGGAUAUUCAGUAAAAAAUUCAGCCAAAUCCUGUGAAAAAUAAACCACUGGUGAGGCUUUAAAGAUGCUUCAAAAGAAUUGCUGAAGUUAUCAAAAUCAACUUAAAUGCACAACUCAAGAAGUAUUUGCAGUAGAGCUGUGGGAUUUUGAAAGAUUGUAUGGUUUAGGUAGAAAGUUUUGACUUCAGCUGGGAGGUGAGUUGACAUGGAAUGAAACUUGUGUGUUAAGGCUGUUCGUAACAUCUACAGGAAUGCAGGACCAGAUGUUCUCCAGCAGAACGUUGACUGUAACGAGAUGUUCAGUCAGUGGUUUUAAUGUUGUGGCCGAUCGCUGUAAACUCGACCCGUAACCGAUAAGCUCAUAACUUUCCCUCUGCAGCUUUACAGCAGGAGGAGGCUGAUUUACAGUUUUGCUGCUAGUUUCACUUUCUUACUUUGAUGUUCACAGAGAUUUUUGCGCUUCGAGGAGUAUUUUAUCAUCACUGUAAAUAUAUAGAAAUAUAUGUCAUUUACUCAUUAGAUCUGCAGCGGAUUUUAAACGCUGCUGGUCUGCUUUUAAUGGGUUGUAGAGGAAAUAUGUGAACAUGUUCUCCACUGGGUUCUCCACUGGGUUCUCCACUGCAUCUGUUCGGUUCAAUGAAAAGCAUCACAGUGGUCUUAUUAGAGCUAUACAGGAUACCUCCUCUGAACGGGUGACAGAGUGGAUUUAGUUUUGGACCCAGAUGAAAAGAAAACCUCAUUUUUUAGUAGCACACGAAGAAGUCACAGGAUUUUUCAGUUUUACAAGAAUACAUUUCUGUUGUUUCCACUGGUGUUUUGUUUUACUUUGAGCCACACAGGUCCCGACCUCCCAGACGUUAGCAAAUGUUGAGAGAGUUUAUAUGUUCUGGCACAUUAUAUGCAGGAUUUACGGUACAUGUAUUAUAUCUGUGAAUGAGAUAUUUUAAUAAUGAAACAUAAUAGAAGCUUCAACAGCAGGUAUUUCAUAUGGAAGAGAUGAUCUGAUCAGAUUCUGAAGCACCUUUCUGCAUAAAUUUGGAUAAUAGUGAAAGAUUUCCCUAAAAAUAUUCACUUAAAGUUGAAAUCGAUGCCACAUAUAUUGGUAUAUUAUGUUUUCUUAUGCGCUAAUUGGCUUAAUUAGGAGGAAACUGAUUGUUCUUAUUAUGUAGGAGACAAUCUGAUUGGAUUUUAAUGUGCCUUGCUGCAGAAAUGUGCAUAUUAAUGAAGUUUAAAUGAUUUCUGGAAACUUAGUUUGGACGUCAUGUUAGAACAUGUAAUCAGACUAAGGUAGUGUUUUUCUCCGUCUGUCUUCAGCAGCAGCAGUUUUGUUUCAUGCUGAAGUGAAGGUGGUGUAAAAGAAGCUCUAGUUUGCAACAUAAAGCAAAGACGUGUUGGUUGAGAAGACUAGAUUAACACAUUAAGUUUAAUUUCACUUUCUGGAACAACUUUUAUUCUAUUGAAAUACAAAAUUAAAACAAAUUGACCCGUUAAGCACUAUAAGUACUGUACUUCCUCAAAAUAAAUGUAAUUAAUUGCACAUGCAUUUAUUCUGUGGAAGUUUUUAUACAAAACAUUUUGUAAUGAAGUCGGUUGAUUGGCUUGUUAAGUCUCAAAUAAAUGUUAGAUAAUGAAGAAAAAUAGGAAGAUAUUAUCGAUCAUAUUUAAGCUGAUGAUACAUUCUUUAAUUAGAUUAUGUGUUAUAGAUAACACAUUUGUCCUGCUGCUGAAUAAUUAUCAGCUUCAUGUUACUGGUCAGAGUUCAGGGCUUGAACUCAUGUUUGUUCACUCACAAUUAAGCAGAAUUAAUUUGGUUUCAUGAUGCUGAACGCAGGUCAUUCUGUUCAUGUUGAACCUCAUAGUUCUUCACAAACACCAUGUUCUGCUCUUUACUGCGCUGUGGUUUAAAUACAGCAUUGGUUCUGUGCUGUUUCUAUGCUGGAAGGCUGUAGUUACGAUAUAAUAUUAGUACUCAUAAUAUUAGUACUGUUAUAAUAUCCAUUCUGUUAUAAUAUCAGUUCUGUGUGAUGCAUUUAGGGACCAUGUUUUACUACUGAGAGGACACACUGACAGGCUGUUCUCUGUUUUUACAGUAAAAUAUUCACUUUUCCUCAACAGCAAGUUGAAUUACUUGAUGUUCAGCACAUUUCUGUAAUAAUUAGAUUUCUAAAGUAUUAUUUCUAUUAGUUUUACAAGAUAGAUCAGAAGAUAUUGUUUUAGAAUUUAAAUUAUAUCCCACUAAUCUAGCAGUUCGACCCUCUGCUACAACAAUCUGACUCCUCCUUUAAAUCUGUGCUGUGCAUCUCAUACUACAAAUCUGGCCUGUUUUAAAGGGUUUUUAAAUGCUACGACUGAGGAAAAUGAUUUUCCACAGCAGGAAAGUUGAGCAGCUUUUGUUGUGUUUCUGAUUCCCCAUCUUUUCUUUCAUAGACUUGUCCUGGUCCUGUUACUGACUGCAGCUACGUCUCGGUGUUCCUUCACCUACGCUGGUUAACUUCAACUGUGCAGGAAACUUAGAACCAGAGUAGCUACAGCACAAAGCAGUUUAUACACGACCUCGUAGACGUUUUCAAGCCUUUAGAGAUGUUUUACAGCUGCAGUUAUGUGAGGAGAAGCAGAGUUAGUGUCUAACCUUCUGUGAAGGCUCAGUGUGGAUGUUUUAUAUGCAGGUCUGGAGCUCCAUGUCUGCUGGUUGUUGUGUGUUGAAAUGGGAUGUCCAGCGUUUGUUCUCUGAGCUGCUGCAGAGGAAACAUGGAGCAGAAUGUGUGAGCGACGUGUAAACACUAAAGAAGUUGAACGUGAUCACAGAUAACUCAAAAACAACUCAUGAACAGACAAAUGUUUUGAUUCAGACAGAAUGUGUGGAUUAAUAUUUAAACCAGAGUCUGACUGACAGAAGAGUUUCUCCUUCUUACAUCCACUAAUAUUAACUUUUACGUGUCAUGUAGACGGAUACAGGAGAGUCGACAUGACAGCAGUUUGUCUCUGAUAAAGAUUGUUAUAGAUUUAGUUUAACCCUUUAAUGCUGAUCGUCCACUUGUAUUCAGACUGCAGCUGAGAUAUCGUAUCCAUUCCCCCAAUACCAGUUUAUACAUAUUCAAUACGUACCUAGGAACCUUUAGCAAGCACCAGUUUCUCAUAGGACCGGCUGGAGUGGGACCUAAUUAUUAUAUAUCUGUUCUAUGUGCUAUAGACAAAUUAACAAUCUCCACUUAAUUCAGCAUCAGCUUGAAAGCAAAAACACAAAUAAUACAUUUUUUUUUAGAUAAUUGUGAAUAAAUUCAGGCAUCAAGAGGUUAAACUUUGGUACAACGAGCACAGAGAAACUUGGAGCAUCAAACACUUGAUUUCCUGGAUUCUGGUGAAUUUUCUGCAUCACAUUAUGGAGGAAACGUCUUUAUUUGUUUAAAGGAACACAACAUGUACGGGUUAAAUCUAAUUAUAAUGGAAUGUGAUGCAGGAAAGCUUCUGCGUUACUAAAUAUUUAUUUUCCUGCAGAUGAACUUUUAAUGUUAACCCUGCUGAUGGAACACAUGGAGACCAGAUUUACUCCUCUGACCUCUCUGAAUGUAGCAACGUUUCAUAGGAGUUGAUCUUUCAAAAUCUGAACUUUGUGCACAUUCAGAGCAGAUCACACAAAUCUGUGUUUGACACGCUGCAGAAUUAAGACUGUCAGGAGUAAUGGUGCAUCUAUGAGCUAAUAUACAGCAGCAUUUUUUAAAAAUUAAAGUCUUUUGGUUUUUGUUUCCAACCUGAAAUCUCUGCUUGUGUAUUAAGAUGUGACUGCAACAGAGAUGUAGAUUAAAAUCCCUGAAAUAAUCACUAAAACCUCAAAAACUUGCUACUGAAAAGUGCAAAUACAGAAACUACAAAAAGAGGCCAUCAUAGUUUGAUCCUAUAUCACCUCCAUAUCCUUUUUCUUAAAGUUCUGCCCUCUUAAAACAAACAAAACUGACUCCAAGCCAAAGAUGGUUCACAUUUUCAGUUAUUUGAGGCCCUCAGGUCUUGGAGUUGUUGAUGCCUUUUAAUAAGAAUCCACAUGAUGAGUGUGUAGUUGUAGUUUUUGCUCUGCAGCUUCACAUCUCAGUGACAGAAGAGCUCCUUUAUGAGACAAAUAAAAAAGGUGGAAGGAUGAAAGUUGCUGCUGAAAACUAGACUCGAGUAUUUUUGUUAUUUUUGUACAUGACACGACUACGUUAAACAGAUUCUUCCAUGUCGUCCGACUGACCAGCUGAUUGUUGAACAGUGAUCACACAAAACCACAUUCGUAAAUCCUGAGUGGUACCAAUAAUGUCAUAAACAUCAGUGUUCACCUGCCAUGUAUCAGAGUAACGGAUUAAUAAAUCAUUUGGUGACAAUAACUGA